UUGUUACGAAGCAAUCCGAACACUGAACUUUCAAACGUGUUUAUCAAUAUGGCGCACCUAUGUUUGAAUUUGAUCGUUACGUGUUAGCACACUAGAAAAGUUUGAGAAAACGUACCUGAAAUCUUAUCAUUCAAGUGCUAAAUUAAGCACUACCGUUUAAUAAAGAAUAUUGACUAGCCUUGGUUUUUGUGACGUAUAGUUACUAUGGAGAAUUUCGUGAAGAUUGAGAAGAUCGGUGAAGGUACUUAUGGAGUGGUUUACAAAGGAAAGCACAAGAAAACAGGAGAAAUUGUAGCUAUGAAGAAGAUUCGUUUAGAAAGUGACGAGGAGGGCAUGCCGUCAACAGCAAUUCGUGAAAUUUCAUUGCUCAAAGAACUACCACACCCUAAUAUUGUUAGACUGAUAGAUGUGUUGAUGGAAGAAACUAGAUUGUAUCUUAUUUUUGAGUAUCUUACUAUGGAUUUAAAGAAAUAUAUGGAUAGUUUGGGUAAUGGAACAUUAAUGGAACCAAAUAUGGUUAAAUCUUAUCUAUAUCAGAUCACAAGUGCUAUCCUUUUUUGCCAUAAACGAAGAAUUCUACAUCGUGAUUUGAAGCCACAAAAUUUAUUGAUUGAUAAAUCAGGGGUUAUUAAAGUAGCUGAUUUUGGUCUUGGGAGAGCCUUUGGUAUACCGGUCAGGGUAUAUACACAUGAAGUAGUCACUUUAUGGUAUAGAGCUCCAGAAAUUCUUCUUGGUGCCAGUAGAUACUCAUGCGCCAUUGAUAUGUGGAGCGUUGGUUGUAUAUUUGCAGAAAUGGCAACAAAGAAACCGUUAUUCCAAGGAGAUAGUGAAAUUGAUCAAUUAUUUAGAAUAUUUCGGAUACUAAGGACACCCACUGAAGAAAUAUGGCCUGGUGUGUCACAAUUAUCCGAUUACAAGGCCACGUUUCCAAAUUGGAUAACAAACAAUUUGGAAUCGCAAGUUAAAACGUUAGACACAGAUGGGCUUGAUCUUUUGCAAGCAAUGCUUAUCUAUGAUCCAGUACACAGAAUAUCAGCGCGAGCUGCUUUGAAACAUCCUUAUUUUGAUGAUUUAGAUGUAUCUAAAUUGCCAACGGCAUAACCUGGGAAAAACUCAGAGAAACGGUAAAUGUACGUUGCUCAGAAAUUUGUGACGUUUUAAUUGUGUGACUAUAUAGAGAGUAUGUCUCAGGGUGUAUCAAAAAAGCUAAUUUAUUCAUGCGUAAGAGCUCAUUCACGUUUCUUUUUUAUGACAUUGCUCAUUUUGUAUGGGAAAUUCAUAGGAGGUUACACUUCACAUUGCAAUGAUAUUAUAUUUCGACAGUACAUAUAAUAAAUUUUGAUCAUUGAACUGUGUUAUAUAAAUUAUCACAGGAUAUUUGAGCAAGAAAUAUACUGUAGUAAUUGGAUACUUCAGUGAUUUAUAUUUGCUACAUAAAAAAAGGGCAAAAUUAUGAAUAAGGCAGUAUGACAAUACACUAUACUCCUUAGGAUUUUUACUUUAACUUACUUUUUAUAGUUUAUCAUUUAUGAAUGGAAAUCAAAACGUGAGAUCAUAAGUGCCUUUAGACAUCUUACUACAUAUCAAAAAGGAAAAUUAUUUUUUUAUUAUUUGUAGCAUCUCGUUAGCGCUGCGUUUUUCAAACAGAGAUAGAAUAUUUGGUAUUAAUAUAAAUUCAGCUAAGGAUAUACCGUUACUGCCAUUUGUACAUAUCACUGAACAAUUUACACGCUUAUUAAAAUAUAUCUUUUGUACUUUUAUUAUAUCAAAUAAACGACGAUAUUUCAUUUGAAAACAUCCCUCGGUGUCGACUCCGUCAAAAUAUUUUCACUAGGAUUUAUUUAAUAACAUUAGACAUUACAUAUUUCUACUGUUAUUUUUCCGCAGUAUGUAUGACGUUAUCUUUUAUCUUGUAACGUAUAAAUUAAGUUACGUCGCUACGAAGAACAAAAAAUAUAGAAUAAAACUGUACGUGGUACUGUAGCGAUUCUCAGAACGUCAACUUGAUUCACUUAUGGACGUAGAUGACUCAUCAUAAGCAGCGGUGUAACGAAAUCGUGUGGUACCCGCAUCUUUAAAUGUUCUUUAAAUGAGCAUAAAUAAAUCAGUUGUUGCAGAAGAAAAAGAUUGUACAAAGUCUAGAGAAUUACAUCAUGUAUUUCAUAUAUCAUGGUAUUAUCAUAUAACAAGGUAUUAUUAGGACAAUUAACAAAUUUAAUAUUGUAAAAUAUCACACGUUUUAUAUUUUAAUAAACAAUAUUCAUGAAAAA